AUGGAUACCUUUUCUUCAAAUUCAUCUUCUGUUUUGAGGCUGCAAAGCUUUGAUCUCUCUCCCCAAGUGACCUAUGUAGCAUUUGUUUUUGCCAUGCUGAGCUACUUGUCCAUUCUCUUCUGUAACCUGGUCUUGCUGAUCACCAUCACUAUGAAUAAGAGCCUCCACCAGCCCAUGUACCUUCUGCUCUUUAACCUGCCUAUCAAUGACCUCAUCGGCUCCUCUGCCCUCUUGUCACAGCUCAUAAAGGAAAUCUUGCUGGACUCCCGCUACAUCGAGGUGUCAAACUGCAUCGCUCAGGCAUUUUUCAUCCACAUCUAUGCAGUGGGCAGCUUGUUUAUUCUCACCUUCAUGUCAUAUGACAGGUAUAUUGCAAUAUGUAACCCACUGAGGUACAACACCAUCAUGACCAACAGCCUCGUUGUAAGAAUGAUAGUAAUUGGGUGGCUUCUGGACUUCUUUUUGAUUGGAGCGUUGUUUGCUCUAGUUCUCCGGUGGCCUCGAUGUCGGUCUCUGAUUACACAGCCUUACUGUGACAACCCAUCACUGGUCAAUUUAGUCUGUGCAGACACCACCAUCAACAACAUUUACGGAUUGCUCCUUACAGCUAGCUUACAAGGGCUUAGUGUGGGCAUGGUUCUCUACACCUACCUGCAGAUUCUCGUUGCAUGUUUUAAAAGCAAACGAUCUGACACAAAAAGUAAAGCUCUCCAGACAUGUGCAACUCAUUUAACGGUCUUCCUCAUUUUGGAGGGGUUAGCAUUUUUAACAAUUAUUUCAUACCGUAUAAAAGAAAUUUCUCCUCAUAUAAGAAGGCUUGUUGGAGUGUCUAUUAUGAUAUUUCCCCCUUUCCUGAACCCAAUAAUAUAUGGACUUAAAACAAAGGAAAUCAGACAAAAGAUUAUGUUGCUGUUCUGUCAAAAGGUGGUCAAAUCCUGA